CACCGUUGGUAAAACAAAUCAUAGGAUAUAUAUUAAUAUAGGACCAACAAUGACAGAUAAGGUAAUUUAAUUAGUUUCACAGCUAGUGCAAAUUAAGGAAUCAUGAAUUCUAGUCUCUAUACUCCAUGGAUACGGAGUUAUGAAUCUGAAGUUCCUUAUGUUAAUACGCAGUUCUGUUGCAUGGUGAUGAGAAUCAACAUGGACUGCAAUGGCUGUUUCAGGAAAGUAAGAAGAGCCCUUCUUAGCAUGCAUGAGUUGGAAACGCAUUUGAUAGAGAAGCAGCAGUGCAGGGUAAGCGUGUGCGGGAAAUUCAUGCCUCAAGAUGUGGCGACCAAGAUAAGGAAGAAGACGAACCGCAGAGUGGAGAUACUGGAUAUACAAGACUUCAAUCCCAGCACUGGAAUUUAUGAGCAGAGACUUCGCUUGAUCCGCUAAUUAGUAGUAUAUACUACUGGAAUCCAAUGUCCCCAACCACAACCAGAUUGCAACUUGUAGUUUGUUUUUAACAACAUACCAAAGAUCAUACUAUAUUGUUGAACUCUCUUGGCACUUAAUUACAUUUCUCUCUU